GUGCCUCCCAAAUUCACUGAGCAAACCCAACGGUUAUAUGUUUUCAAAAACCUCUCCCACUCUUCAUCUCUGUCUAAUCAUCACAUCUCGAACUUCAACUUCACCGAAGAUUUCAACAAUUCUCCAUCAAAUUCUGAGCUUUUUAUGCCUCUAAUUAUGGCUGCUACUCCAAAACCCGUCAAAUCUUUCACUCCCAAGAAAUCCUCCGACACCUCAAUUUCAGUUUCCAAAGUGAGGGUUAUCGUCAGGGUCAGACCCUUCCUCGCACACGAAACCUCAACAGAAAACGGCGACCCCGUUUCGUGCAUCUCCGUCUUGGACAGAGAUUCCGAGUUUCCCCAGGAAGAGGUUGCUGUUUAUCUCAAAGACCCAGACACCAGCCGGAAUGAGUGCUACCAGUUGGACUCUUUCUUUGGGCAAGAAGAUGACAAUGUGGGACAGAUAUUCGGCAGAGAAGUUAGCCCCUUGAUUCCGGGAAUGUUCAGUGGAUCCAAUGCCACGGUGUUUGCUUAUGGAGCUACUGGCAGUGGGAAGACAUACACCAUGCAGGGAACCAAGGAACAACCUGGCUUGAUGCCACUGGCAAUGUCUAUGAUCCUGUCUAUUUGCCAGAGCACUGGCAGCACAGCACAUAUCUCAUAUUAUGAGGUCUACAUGGACCGAUGCUACGACCUUUUGGAGCUCAAAGCAAACGAGAUUUCAGUUUGGGAUGGCAAAGAUGGGCAGAUUCACCUCCGGGGACUGUCUCAGGUUCCUAUAAACACAAUGUCUGAAUUUCAAGAUGUUUUCUUACGUGGAGUUCAGAGACGCAAAGUUGCCCACACAGGUCUUAAUGAUGUCUCUAGUAGGAGUCAUGGAGUGCUUGUGAUAUCUGUGUCCACUCCUUCGGCUGAUGGAACCGGAACUGUUGUAUGUGGGAAGUUGAAUCUCAUAGACUUGGCAGGUAAUGAAGACAACCGAAGGACCUGCAAUGAAGGGAUUCGUCUCCAAGAGAGUGCAAAGAUAAACCAGUCCUUGUUUGCACUGUCAAAUGUGGUAUAUGCAUUGAACAACAACAAACCUAGAGUACCCUACCGAGAAAGCAAAUUGACCCGUAUAUUGCAGGACUCUCUAGGGGGAACAAGUCGUGCACUGAUGGUUGCUUGCCUGAAUCCAAGAGAAUACCAGGAAUCUGUUUAUACUGUAAGUUUAGCUGCUCGAUCAAGGCAUGUCACAAAUUUUGUAACUUCAGCUCACAAACAAGAGACCCCGAAAGUUAAAGUUGACAUGGAAACAAAAUUGAGAGCUUGGUUAGAAUCAAAAGGAAAAACAAAGAGUACACAAAGACUUGGGCCAUUUAAUUCUCCUCUUCUGAAGAAAACUCCCGUUUCCAUCAUUACACCUGCCAAGAGAUCCAUUACCUUUAACAGUUCAGUGAAGGGGGGAAGAAGUGCCAUCAACUUAGAUACUAAACGUACUAAUGAAAGCGCCUUUGCUGUGGCUUUUGGAAAUUUACUAGAUGUUGAAGGUUCAACUGAUUCAUGCAUGGAGAAUGCACCAUCAGUUGUCAAGGACAAUGAUAACAAAGAGACUGAGCAUGAUGCUAAUAAGGCUGCAUGGGAAUCAUACAAAAAUCUACCUGCCGAGCCAUUGAGAAAGGGAGUGAACUCAACUACUAAUGAGAGUAAUGAUGCAGCACAGAGUCCUUUAAGAAAAGCCCUUUCCCCCAUCAACAUCAAUGCUGUUCAAAAACCCCUUGAGGCAUUGUCUUUCACACAAACACCUUUUCUGGCAACCUGCUCCACUAAUAAAGGAAUACAAAAGGAUGACACUCCACUUGGAAAAUUCAGCACACGAAGUUCUACACUUAAGAACUGUCUAGUUCAGGAAUACCUCGAUUUCUUGAAUAAUGCUAGCAGAGAGGAACUACUUGAGUUAAAGGGCAUUGGAGAGAAAAUGGCGGAAUACAUUAUAGACCUCAGAGAAGAAACUCUUCUUAAAUCGUUAAAUGAUUUGGAGAAGAUAGGCCUCUCUACCAAGCAGGCCCAUAACCUAUUCACUAAAGCUGCAAAAAAAUUAUUUGAAGAAUAAUCUGAAGAUUCAAUACUCAGUUGAAGUUCACUAUCAGUCUUUUUAUUUUAUUGGCAAACAUCAAGUGCAAUUUGCAUUCCUUUCAUUGCCGCCGCAACUAGCAACCUAUUCUCAGUUUGAUUUGUGUUCCUGUAUGUUGUAACAACCUAAUCAAACAUAUUUUACCCAUCAUUGAGAAAC